UCCAACACCACUACUCGCCAUUCAAAACCCCCUCGCGACGUCGGCUCGUCGCUCUGCUGCCUUUUCUUCUGCUCCCCGGUCGAGAGCUCCGUCUGCCUCGCAUGCCGCCUCCGACGGCGGCGACGGCGGCUUCCUCCAUCGCGUCGCCGGUGCUCUGAAAUCUGUAUCGGUGAAGGCUCCUGCGUGGAAAGAGGAGCAUGGGUGCGGCGCCAGGAGGCAGGCCGGUGAACAAGGCUGCGGGGGAUGCUGCGGCGUGGGUGUUCAACAUCGUCACCUCCGUCGGUAUCAUCAUGGUUAACAAGGCCCUGAUGGCUACUCACGGGUUUGGCUUUGUUACGAUAUUGCCUGGGAUUCACUUUGCAACUACAGCUUUAGCGACAUUAAUACUGAAAUCGUUGGGAUAUCUUGAACCAUCUUAUUUACCUCUUCCAGAGCUUAUAAAGUAUGUCGCUUUUGCAAAUAUAUCAGUUGUUGGGAUGAAUGCGAGUUUGAUGUGGAAUUCUGUUGGGUUCUAUCAGAUAUCCAAGCUGUCUAUGGUUCCAGUAUUAUGCAUGCUGGAAGUUCUAUUUGACAGUGUCCGUUACUCAAGGGGAACAAAGCUUAGCAUAAUGGUUGUCUUAGGAGGGGUUGCGAUAUGUACUGUCACUGAUGUUACUGUAAAUACCAAAGGAUUGAUAGCUGCUGCAGUAGCUGUUUGCAGCACUGCCUUUCAGCAACAUUACAUCCAUCACCUUCAAAAGAAGUAUUCCCUCAGUGCAUUCGACCUCUUGGGUCAUACUGCUCCAGCCCAAGCAGCAUCGUUGUUACUACUUGGGCCUUUUGUGGACCUUUGGCUGACCAAUAAUAGAGUUGACACUUACCAUUACAACAACGUGGUGACGUUCUUCAUAGCACUGUCAUCCGUGAUUGCGAUUGGAACCAAUCUGAGUCAGUUCAUAUGCAUUGGAAGAUUCACGGCCGUCUCAUUUCAAGUUCUGGGCCACAUGAAGACGAUCCUUGUGCUCACCCUGGGUUUCAUCCUCUUCGGAAGAGAAGGCCUAAAUGUUCAUGUCGCAUUUGGUAUGAUCCUGGCUAUUGUGGGUAUGAUUUGGUACAAUCAUGCAUCUUCGAGACCUGGAGGCAAAGAGUGCCGAGAUUACCCGGAGCCCGUCGAGGAAGAUAUGGAGCUGGGCGUUCAACCAUCACAGUUGGAACCUGAUGAGAAGAACUGAGACGAAAGCCUGCGAGAUACUGUACUCGACGUCCCUCGCCUGGAUCCUUGUCCUUGGUUGGUUUAGCCGCUUACUGUUCAUUUCCCCAGUUUCAUUGAGCAACCGACGGUGAUGCAACUACACCUAGCGUCAAUAGAAGAUCGUUGUGAAAACAGAGAUACACCUGGAGGCAGAUCGAUUCGUAUGAUGUACAGCAAACAUAGUUGAGGUGGUAGGAUCAGAAGGGAACAUAUCAGAGAUUGGAUCUUUCAGCCACGACUCUCACAAAAGAGAGAACUGAAACUGAUCGAGUUCCGGAAUCAACUGGGUCUGCCGUUGGAUUUUGCGAUGUUU